AGCCAUUUUGGAUAGAUGGAUCAGAAGAAGUCGCGUUGUAUGAUGGCUGUAUGGUGACGGAAAGGUGAAUCUAUGGUGGUGUUGAGGUUGUAAAAAGACCGAAGUCAAAAAGUGGGAUGUCAAAAAAAUAAAAGAAGAGAGAGGGAAAAGAGAAGCGCCAGGCAGCGAAGGGAAACCAGGCACUUCUUAAACCGAGUACCAUUUUACGGAGACCAAUCAGCGUUUCCAUGCCCCCCGCCUGUCGCUCUAACCUUUUGGGGCUAAGCAUGCUUUUGGCGCGGUCAGCAGGUGUGAGUCAUAGGGCCUAUGGAAGUCCUCAUUGGAUGCACACCUGCUGCCGGUGGGGCCGGUCGGAGCCCCAGGCAUUCCCGUGCCUGGAGCAGGCUCACUGCCUGCUGGACUCGAAGAAGUCGGUUGACGACUGCGGUACCGCCCAAAUACCGCCUUUUACCGUUCAGGUACACUGGCGGGGAAUGUCACUGGCCAGUAUCCCUCUUCACCUCCACCGCUAGAAUGGAAAAAACGAAAGAAAAAAAGGUCCCAGGAU